AUGAACUCGUCAUCACAACCAAACCAACCAUCAACAACAAACAACAAAGACUGCAGUCAAAAUAAGGUUUUCUUGUACAACGAGUGCCUUAAAAAUCAAGCGGUUAGUUUCGGCGGCUACGCUCUUGACGGCUGCGCCUCACAGACCCUCCAUCCCUUAAGUGUGAUGCAUGUAUGCCACCGUAACUUCCACCGCCGUGAUCCUUCCAACGUCGUGAGUCACCAUACAACCUCAACACCGCUGCAGCCAGUGGCAUCCACGCAGCACUUGGUUCUCUCUCUCAGCAGCUCCGGUUUCUCUAGACCCUCGGAUCAAGAGAAGGGUAAAAUCACGGUGGAUAGGGAGAAGAAACGUAAGAGGACAAAAUUCACGGCCAAGCAGAAGCUGAUGAUGAGAGGUUUCGCGGAGAGAGCGGGUUGGAAGAUCAACGGCUGUGAUGAUAAGUGCGUAAGAGAGUUUUGUAACGAAGUUGGGAUAAAGAGAGGAGUUCUAAAGGUUUGGAUCCAAAACAAUAAGAACUUUGCCAACGUGAAGAAUAGUGACACAACUUCCUCCAUAUUUCAAAAGUUGUAG